AUGGACUGCCAAAACAGGAUCGUUAUUUGGGCGGAGCAUGUCGACGUCUCUGUCCAAUCGAAAAUUUACGCACCAUUUCAGGAAACCGGAGAUCUGUACUGGGAGGGAGAGGACGAUCCUGCCAAUGAGUAUCUGGAAGUGAAAGAAGAGGAAUCGAGUGCCGGAGGUCGAUUUCGGCGUCUUAAGAGGUUUCUGGGCCUUGACGACGACCCCUUCAGUUUGUUCGGGUCGCCGGAAUCCUCAACCACUCCGGAGCCCUACGAUAGCGUCACUGAAGACCAACUGUCGGCAGACGAAGACACAUCGCAGGAUAAUGACGAUUUGGACAAUUUUGGGAGCGGUGUACCCGACAGAGAUGAUACCGAACCUGUGGAAAAAACGCUACGGGUGACAUUCGUGGUGAACCAGCCAUACAGUAGUGAGUACUCCAAUAGGGACUCACCUCAGUUCCAGAAUUUCUCACGAUCUUUAGCCGACGCAGUUAAUGUCCUCUUUGAAUCGCUGCCCGGCAUCCAGAGAGCCAGUCUUGUAAGGAUACAGUCUCGCAUAUCAGACGAGUUCACCUGUAAAGUAACGUUGGAUAUAGUGACGAGUGGCUAUGAUAAUACUACCAAGAUAUCGACUAUUCUCAAGACUCACAUUAUUGAGAAGAGAACUCUGGGUGAAAUCGUUGUUAGCGAGUCUGAUUAUAGUGCGACUGUAAUUGACCCAAGUUUGAUUGUGCCUAUCGUAGAAUGCAAAGUGAACGAACUGCAGUGUAAUGACGGCGGCUGCGUCUCAGGGUCUGCUCGCUGUAACGGCAAUUCCGACUGUGCUGAUGGUUCUGAUGAAGCUGGCUGUUUGGGCAACAUGAAUACAACCCAAAGUGUUAACUCCGGCUUAACUAACACACAACGUCCCGAGGUUCUACAAACUCCGUUGCCACUAGAGCCAACAAGUUAUUUGGACACAGACAGAGGUGACCAAAAUGGACUUGGACUCUACACAAAUGAAGACACUACACCGAUAUACGAUGUGCAAUCUUAUAUAUGCUACGACAACGAGUUCCUCUGCGAUUCGACGCGAUGCGUGUCGCUGAGCAAGCGGUGCGAUGGCAACAAUGACUGCUAUGAUGGCACCGACGAAAAAAUCUGCAACAUUGACAGCAAUGGCAAAAUUUGCGGAGAUGAUGACUUCCGGUGUAACAAUGGCAUGUGCAUCGAAGGCUCACGGCGUUGCGACCGCAUUGUCGACUGCAGUGAUAGGGAAGACGAAGAAAAUUGCGAGUGCAAUGACGAUGAGUUCAGAUGUCUCAGCGAUGGUUCGUGCAUUGAGAUGAGGAAACGUUGCGACAAUAUCAGUCACUGCGCAGAUAGCUCUGAUGAAAUUGGCUGUGCUAGUGAGCAAUUUAGGUGCCGAAGUGGGAAGCUAAUACAUCAAAGUUUGAGAUGUAACCGCCAGUACGAUUGUCCCAGAGGAGAUUAUUCCGAUGAACAAAAUUGUCAAUGUGCUGUCAAUGAUUUCACAUGUGACAAUGGCUUCUGCAUACCUGCAUCCAAACUUUGUGACAGAACGAAUGAUUGCCAGGACUCAUCUGAUGAAAGAAAUUGCUCUUAUGGCAAUGUAUGCAUGGCUAAUCAACAUAUGUGCUACAAUGGACAAUGCGUGCUAGCAGAGGCAAAAUGCAACGGCACCACGGAGUGCCUCGACUUCUCUGACGAGCUCAAUUGCCCUUGUAGAAGGGACGAAUUCACAUGCCAAGAUGGCACUUGUAUUAACAUUGCACUCAGGUGUAAUGGUGAGAGAAACUGUCCUUCAGGAGAAGAUGAAUUAAAUUGCGGUGUCCAACGAUGCCCCCCGGAUACUUUCACUUGCCCCGCUGAUUCCAGUGUGCCCUGCGCGAAGAAAUGUAACUCGCUCCCUGAGUGCAGCGGCGGAGAGGACGAGGAAGAUUGCGAUAAAUGCAACCACGAGUGCGACGGCCGAUGUCUGCAAGACUCUCAGAUUUGCAAUGGUGUACCGGAUUGUAGCGACAGUUCUGACGAGUUACAGUGCGCCGAUUGUGAGGGACCCGAAGACUUUAGAUGCCGAAGCGGCGAGUGCAUUAACAUCAUCAAUCGCUGCAACCAACUACAGGAGUGUCUCGAUAACAGUGACGAGGAGGACUGCAAUAAUACAAUGACACCUCCACCGUACGGCUGUAUUGAGAAUCAAUUCCAAUGUCGCAGUGAUGGAGCUUGCAUAAACGACCAAUUCGUUUGCGAUGGAAAUGCAGACUGUCAUGAUAAUUCUGACGAAGAAGACUGCCAGUGUGACAAGGAUCAAUGGAAGUGUAAAUCAGGACAAUGCAUCCCAGUCUCAGCGUAUUGCAAUGAUUACUUUGAUUGCGAAGAUAAUUCUGACGAACAAAACUGUCCGACCAGCCCGCCUUACUUCACUACUACCUACUCACCUUAUCGACCGGCAUAUCCGCCCGUGACCACACAGGCACCAUUUUAUAAUAAUGUUGUUACGCCUUAUCCACAACCAGGUAUUGGAGAUCGAUGUUCAUCAAACGAAUGGCGUUGUGAGAAUGGCCCUUGCAUUAGUACGAAUCUACGCUGUAAUGGCCAAAUCGACUGUCCCUUCGACAUGAGUGACGAAUUCGACUGUCCGGCUGGCAGUAAGAAUAUGUUGUAAAAAUAACCUCAUAGUGCUAACAUUGUCUUCUGGUCUUC